CACAGCGGGACCGACGAGCCCACACCGACACCGGUCUCGAUCUCCGCCUCGGUCGGCCCCGAGGGUCUCAGUCCCGGGGCUCUCGGUCUCGGGGCUCCCGGUUUCGGUCCCGGCGCUGUCAGUCUCGGUCCGGGGGCUCUCAGUCCCGGAGCUCUCGGUCUCGGUCUCGGUCCCGGAGCUCUCAGUCCCGGGGCUCUCAGUCCCGGGGCUCCCGGUUUCGGUCCCGAGGCUCUCGGUGUCGGGGCUGUCGGUCCCGGCCCCGCAGUCCUCCCGGGCUCCCCGGCCCCGCCCCGGCCCGGCCCGCCCUCGGCGCCGUUUCCAGCCGGCGGCGUUUGGCGGGAGCACGGCGGGAGCUCCGAAAGGGAAGCGGCGGGAACGGCUCCGGGAUGUCGGUUAAAAGAGCAUUAAAAUUGGACCCUGUUAAAAAAGAUGGUCCCCCUGAGAAGGCCCAGAGGAGCAAUCUGAACUUGUACUCACCCACCACGGGCACGCGCCGCAUCAGCCCCUUCUCCUCUCCCGCCAGCCACGGGGCAGAAAAUCCCGGGAAUGCCCCAGCAGAGGGAGACGAGAGUGAGCAGAGCGACUGCGAGCGCGGAUUAUCCAGGAGAGGGCAGCCUCCAACAGAGCACGACGUGUUCCUGCAACUGCAGUCCCAAGUGAGAAAUUCCUUGCCCAGGAUUCUGAAACUAAGAGAAAAUCUGAGAAGCCUGAAGGCUUUGGAGGGCAGCAGAGAGCUGGAAAAUAUCCUGGGAGUCUCCCACUCGUCCUGUGUGCUGAGUGCUGAGCUGCAGAAAACCCAAGCGCUGGUGAGUCAAGCAGAAAAACUGCAGCUGUUGAAAGCAAACCAUGGCAAAGUCCCUGCCCGAGGGCACGCCCAGGCUGCCGGCAGUGCCGCAUUCCCCCUCCCCGCCCUGCCCGGCACCGGGGCACGGCGGGAGCGACCGGGACCGGGGCACGCCGUGUGCUGAGAGCUCCGGGGUGUCCUGCAAGGGCCCGAGGGCAGGCAGUGGUUUCUGUGCACCUGGGAUUUGUUCCUGGUUUGUUGGGCACCGUGACAAAGAAACUCCACAAACUCUGCUCCCCCGCUAAAACAUCCUGUGCUGUUUCUUCUCAUCUUAUUUGGCUAUUUGUCCUUGUUGCAGCGUUUCUCCUCUCCAGUUUGUUCCUCCUUUGGGUGCUUGUUCCUUCAAACAUCCCAAAAUGCUCCUGCAGCUCCAGGCAGAGGGGCUGCUGCCCUGCCCUGCCCUGCCUGAGGCUCUGCUUUCCUGGACAUCACAUCCGUAACUCCAAACUGAUCCCAUGCACGAUGAUGCUGCUGUCUAAUUGCUAUUUAUUUUAGUCAUUCCUCAUCU